GCUGCGCACGUGCGGCCGGAGAGGAAGUGACGCUCCUGUCGAGUAGCCGGGAUUGGGCGCCGCCGCUUCGCCGACGAAAUGUCUCAUCUGCCGAUGAAACUGCUGCGCAAGAAAAUCGAGAAACGGAACCUCAAACUGCGGCAGCGAAACCUGAAGCUACGGGGGGCCUUGGAUGUGAGCCUAUCAGAAACUCAAAAUGGAGAUGUGUCUGAAGGAAGAGUGGGAGGUGGAAAAGUUAAAAAAUCCCUAAAACAGUCUAUGAAUGUGGACUUGUCAGAAGUCCAGUAUGGAGAUGUAUCUAAAGAAACAGUGGAAAAUGUAAAACUUAAAAAAUCCCCCAAGAAACCCACCACAUUAACCAAUGGGGAAGCAGCAGUGCAGUGUCCCAAUUCAGAAUCAAAAAAGAAAAAGAAGAAGAAAAAAAGAAAAGUGGUGGAUGGUGCUGAGCCUGAUACCAAAAAAACAAAAACUGAAGAAAAAGGAGAAUGUGAAGAUGGUGUCCAGGCCCCUGGAGAAACAGGAAACAGUGUGGGGAUGCCAGACCCAGAGGAAGGCGGCAGUGAGGGGCCCAGCCUGCCCCUGGGACUGACAGGAGCUUUUGAAGAUACCUCAUUUGCUUCUCUAACUGAUCUUGUCAAUGAGAGCACUCUGAAGGCAAUAAAAGAAAUGGGCUUUACACACAUGACUGAAAUUCAACAUAAAAGUAUCAGACCACUUCUGGAAGGCAGGGAUCUUCUAGCAGCUGCAAAAACAGGCAGUGGCAAAACCCUAGCGUUUCUCAUCCCUGCAGUUGAGCUCAUUGUUAAGUUAAAGUUCAUGCCCAGGAAUGGAACAGGAGUUCUUAUUCUCUCACCUACUAGGGAACUUGCCAUGCAGACUUUUGGUGUUCUUAAGGAGCUAAUGACACACCACGUACACACGUAUGGGCUGAUAAUGGGUGGCAGUAACAGAUCUGCUGAAGCCCAAAAACUUGCUAAUGGGAUCAACAUCAUUGUGGCCACACCAGGCCGUCUCCUGGACCACAUGCAGAAUACCCCAGGGUUUAUGUAUAAAAACCUACAGUGUCUUGUUAUUGAUGAGGCUGAUCGUAUAUUGGAUGUUGGAUUUGAAGAAGAAUUAAAGCAAAUUAUUAAACUUCUGCCAACACGCAGACAGACCAUGCUCUUUUCUGCCACACAAACUCGAAAAGUUGAAGACCUGGCAAGGAUUUCUCUGAAAAAGGAGCCGUUGUAUGUUGGUGUUGAUGAUGAUAAAGCUAAUGCAACAGUGGAUGGUCUUGAGCAGGGUUAUGUUGUUUGUCCCUCUGAAAAGAGAUUCCUCCUGCUCUUUACAUUCCUUAAGAAAAACCGGAAAAAGAAACUGAUGGUCUUCUUUUCAUCCUGUAAGUCCGUGAAAUACCACUAUGAGUUGCUGAAUUACAUCGAUUUGCCUGUCUUGGCCAUUCAUGGAAGGCAGAAGCAAAAUAAGCGUACAACCACAUUUUUCCAGUUCUGUAACGCAGAUUCAGGGAUAUUACUGUGUACAGAUGUUGCAGCUAGAGGGCUGGAUAUCCCUGAAGUCGACUGGAUUGUUCAGUACGACCCUCCAGAUGACCCCAAGGAAUAUAUUCAUCGUGUGGGUAGAACAGCCAGAGGCCUGAACGGAAGAGGGCAUGCCUUGCUCAUUUUGCGCCCUGAAGAAUUGGGUUUCCUUCGUUAUUUGAAGCAGUCCAAGGUACCAUUAAGUGAAUUUGAGUUUUCCUGGUCCAAAAUUUCUGACAUCCAGUCUCAGCUUGAAAAAUUGAUUGAAAAGAACUACUUCCUUCAUAAGUCAGCCCAGGAGGCAUAUAAAUCAUAUAUUAGAGCAUAUGAUUCCCAUUCUCUGAAACAGAUCUUUAAUGUUAACAACUUAAAUUUGCCUCAGGUUGCUCUGUCAUUCGGUUUCAAGGUGCCUCCUUUUGUUGACCUGAAUGUGAACAGCAAUGAAGGCAAGCUUAAAAAGAGGGGAGGAGGUGGUGGAUUUGGCUACCAGAAAGCCAAGAAAGUUCAGAAGUCCAAAAUCUUCAAACACAUUAGCAAGAAGUCCUCCGAAAGCAGGCAGUUCUCUCAUUGAAGACACACUUUCUCAUCUUGAAUAGCCUUGCCUGGAUUUUUUUCCAUUCCUCUAACGAAGGAAUUUAUGUAGCUUGAAGGUUUGGACUGAUCUAAUGAGCAUAAAUUAACUGACUUGGGUUGCAAGCACUGAGCACUGUUGUUUCCAGCAAGUCUUUUAUUUGGGGGAUGUGAAACAAUUCAGUUUUUCUUGAUUGCCUAUGGGCAAAGCAAGGGAUCUUUUUCAUCUUUGAUAUGGUGGUUAGAAAAAUUUUAAGUUUAAAUCUUUUUACCCAAAUAUUUGUCACUGUUUUUAUAUGCGUCUUUGUACCUUUUCUUCCUGGCGUCUAAAAUCCUGAGGCGUGGAUUGCAGUACUAACCUGCCGGAAGAGGCAGUGACCUUACAUACUGGGCAGGUGCUGGUGGUGGUGAUGCAGAAAGUUGUCUCGGCAUGUUUUUUAGUUUUGGUGGUUUCCGGACCUUAAAGGUGACUGUUGCCCUCCUGAAAAUGCUGCCAUGUAAAAGGGCAAAGACCUUGGGAAAUUAUCUAAGCACCUAAGGUUAAAGGUGGCAUUGAUUUUUAUGAAUUUCAGAUUUUAAAACAAAGGCCUUUUAAAAAAAAAAAACACACAAGCAGUGGUGACACCUCACUCAGAUUUGUUUCAGUGGUUUGGAUUUGGUGAGCCUUUCCAACUUUGUAGAGUGCUUGGAAGGCAGAGCAUCUUUUUGAGAAAAAUUGCCUUUCCACACCUAUGAAACAAAAAUAGAUUUACCAUGAAAAUUGAAAAUGAACAGAGGUCAGAAAAAGCAACAAAGAAUGGUUUAGUCAUAGUCUUUAUUGUAUGAGCUCUUGAUCUCUAAUGUGCUUUAUGUGUUUUAGGUGGUGUGUUACAACUAUAAAAUGGUUAUGGUAUUUAGUAGCAUUUCAGAACCAAAGUUGAUAAUAUUAUAUUACUGUGGCAGUUAAUAUUCAUAGACUCUUUUAAAUAAGUAAACUGAGAACAUCACAUGUAAAGAAAACAGUCUGGUAAGUAGCAUUCCAGUAGUAAAAGAAAAGAAUGAUAUUCUGCAUCUGGGCUUAACCACUGUCACCGUAGCUGGACCUGUCCUGGACUUUAGACCUUUAUUACUGGACUCCUGGCAUACAGUGUUUGUCUGGUAACUUUUUGUUUGUUUCAGAAAUAAUGUUGCAAAAAAUACACAAAAGUCAAGUGAAGAAUAUUUAAUCACUAAACAAAAGUAAAUACUAUCAAUAUUUUAGUCUAUGACCAUCCUGUGUUUUAUAUACACGCUUUUUAAUUUUUUUUUUAUCAAAAGUGAAGUCAUCCUCUACCUGUUUGUAACCAGCUUGUUUAGUUUUUUUUCCUGUGUCAUUAAAUAAUUACAUGAA